AUGUACACGUUUCUGAUACAGUACUGUCCCGAGCCAACGAUGAACGUCAUAGGACAAGGGUUGCGUGAUGCCAACGGUUUUGAGGUUUGGAGAAGAUUGGUGCUUCUGAGCGAGCCAGCGCGUCGGACUAAGGCCUGGGUGUGGCGCAGGCACUUAGCAAAUCCCUCGUUUCCGAGUGACAUUGCACAGUGGAGCACAGCGCUUCACCAGUGGGAAGCUGAACUUCGAGAGUUUGAGCGUACGUACAACACAGCGUUUUCAGAAGAUGAGAAAGUUUCCAUUUUGGCUCAUAUUGCACCGAAAGAGUUGCAGCAAAGCAUCUUCAUGCACAGUGAUGUGUUGAACGGAUACGACAAGAUACGAGAGUACAUCGAACAGUAUCUGAUCAACAGAAACCUGUGGAAAAGGCCUCAAGGUUCACAGUUCGGGAUGCCCAAAGCCUCAAACAAAACUGCUGAGCAUGAUGAUGGGGGAGUGAGGCCUAUGGACAUCGGCGGAGUAAAAGGAGACAAAGGCAAAGGGAAAGGAGAAUGGAAGAAAGGAAAGGACCACUGGGGCGACAAAGGAAAGGACAACUGGAGCAACCAAGGAAAGGACAAAUGGAAGGAGAAGUGGAACAACAACAGGCAUGGUCACAUUGCUGCAGACUGCUGGUGGAAGGUUGGAGCAGUCGACAGCGAGGCCUACACCGAGACCGGUGGGACAGGUGCAUCCGGGAAUGCCCCAGAAGACCGGAGUGGCAACGGUGCAGGGAUUGGUUCUGUGUUUGAAGGUUCGCAGCGUGUUGUCAAGUGGAGUGAUGAAGAUGUGAUAUUCACUGUGAGUGAGAGUUCCGUUGCAGCUGUGACUGCAAAACAGCUAGGCAACCGGUAUCUUCUCAUCGACUCAGGAGCCUGUGAGAGUGUGGCAAAAGUAGGAGACUUUGAAGCACAGGUGGAUGCCUCGAAAGCGAAGCCUUUGUUCAGCGUGCAAGGGACGCCGCUUAAGGUGUAUGGAAAGCAGUACCCUCAGGAGGGUGUUUCCUCGAGACCAGCGCGGGUGACACCGUACCACUUGAGCUUCAUGAAAAGGUGGUACUUGAAAGUGAUGGACGUGGGCGAAGGGAGCGCGCCUGCAGGAGGCAGGAGGGUCGCACCCAUUGCCGACAAGCCGGAUCUGGGUCCCCGAGAGGAAGACCGCUGGAAGAGAGAAGUGAAGGAUGGGGUGGAGUAUCUCAUUCGCGAGCACAACAGCCCAAGAAAGCGUUUGUUUGCGCCAAAGAUCAAGGAUCUCCUUGUGCCCUUGGAGAGACUGGAGAGUGGAAGGCUCACCAAGAUGAUCUUCGAGGAGGAUGGGUCCCAGAAGGAAGACCGGAGUGCGUGGGAAGACAAGCGCUUUGCAAUGAGGGAUAUGAAGCAUGCUUGGCUGGGAGAAACCUGGUUCAGGCUGAAGCCAGAAAGAGAAGAAGCAGCUGCUGAGGAAGAGCAGCCAGACUAUGAAGGCGAAUGGAUGCAAGGACUAGACGAGGCAUAUGAAGAAGAGAUUGCGCAAGGAGAGGAAGCUCAUGGAGGAGUUGUGGAAGACGACGAAGACGCAGUGGAUCGGCUGAUGAUAGAUGAGGACAGAGAAAGAGACCAGAGCAAGGUCAUCAAGGCACCGAAGGAGCCGUCGAAGAACACAACCUCCACCAUGCCAACUUUGAGAGUUGGUAAGAGCAAGCAGCACAGGAGGGUCAAGGAAGACCCCAAGGAGCAUGUGAUCUACUCCGACUACAUGUUCUUUUCUGGAGAAGGCAAGGAAGUGAACAAAGAAGAAGGAGAAAAGAAGCGGGCUGGUUUGGUAACCGUUCUCACUGCAAUUUGCAAAGAGAGCCAGUACCCUUUCGCGCUGGUGUUGCCAUCCAAAGCCAGCGUGGACUACGCAAGCAAGGCAAUGAUCAGCUGGAUCAAGGAUCUGAAGUGGGACAAGGUAGUGAUCCAUUUCGACCAAGAAAGCGCUCUGAACAAGAUAUAUGAAAGGGUGCAGAAGGAAAUGGGUGACACCGUUACUCUGCGGAGAUCACCGCGAUACAGUUCACAGUCCUUAGCAGAUGGAGAGAUGGUCAACGGUUUUCUGGCAGGCAAGAUUCGCGCAUGGCUUGCGGAGGUGUCAGAGAAAUACAAAGUCAAGAUUGGCUGUGACAGUGUCUUGUUUCCAUGGAUUGUGCGACACAGUGCGUGGACGGUGGCACGGUUUCACAUCAACCACUCGAAGACAACGGCGUUCAGAGUCAUCAAUGGGUUUGACUAUGUGGGUGAGAUGAUGACAUUCGGACAGGUGGCCUUAGCAAAAUUUCCGAAGCAAAAGGACAAGGCAGCUCCAAGAUGGAUUCGCAGAGUGUAUGCCGGAAAGAAUGCUGCAGGAGAUGAGCACUUGGUGCUUACAGAGUCAGGGGUGCAGACAUGCCGCACCGUGAGGAGGUUACCAGAAAGUGCAAGAUAUGAAGCGGCGAUACUCGACAAGGCAAAGGGAGUGCCUUGGAACAGGUACUUGGGCAUUGCAACGAGCAAGGUAGUGCAAGAACGGUCUGAGAGCAAGGGUGUAGCAGUUCCGGAGUUGGAGCCUGCAGAGACCUACGACUUCAAGCCAGAGACGAUAGUGGUGCCAAUGCCGGCGCCAAGAGCAGCAGAUGAUGCAGGAAAGGAGAGUGAGAAAGCUGCGUUGCAAGAGCCAGAGAGCAAGAGAGCCAGGGUGGAGCCUGCGCAGGCCAGUCGGCCGCCGGGUGACACCGGGAAUGCUGCAGCUAGCACGCAGCAGUUCAACAUCGCUACGCCUGAUGCCAGCAUGGGCGCAGACAGUCUCGACACGAGCAUGUAUGUGCCAAGCGUGCCGGGAGAUGUAGCGCAGAACAUGGUGGACAGUGUUAGUAACCAUGGGACCUGGCUGGAGGGUAGUGCUCUCCUACCAAAAGAAGAUGUGGGUGUGUACAAGAAGUGGCUGAAGCAAAACAAAGAUUGCUUCAACGAGACAAUGGUGAGCAACAUCAUGGACUACCUGGACACGUUGCAGAUUGACGAGAAAGAGUUGAGGAGAGCGAGAAAGGAAGAGCUGAGAAAGCUAAAUGAGGUGUACGGUGCCUUCACACCGAGAGAUGGGAGACAGAUAACAAAGGACCUGACGGUGUUCGGCCACAAGUGGGUUGACAAGGUCACUGAAGGAGUGGCAAAGUCACGACUCACAUGCCAGGACUUCAAGAAGAAGCAAGAAGCAAAUGAGAAGCACAACUCAGAGUACCCUUCAAAUUUCUGUCCAACGCCACACGCCACCUCGAGGAAGUUGUUGGAGGUUUACUCGCUGACGACAAAGAUGCCGAGAGUCAAGGCCGACCUUAGCUCAGCUUUCCUCAUUGCGAAAGAUGGUGGAGAUGCAAAAGGACAACCAGUGAUGAUGAAGCCGCCAAAGGAAUGGCUGGAGGAAUACGAUGAGUGGUACGCAAAAGCAAGCCCAGAAAUGCAAGAGCAGAUGAAGAACGUGCCGAAAGAAAGCGUGCUAUGGCAGGUCGAUGGAAAUCUGUAUGGAAGGCAGUCAGCGGCAGCGCAGUACAGAGAUCGUCUGGAAACCAUUUUGACCAAGGAACUCCCGAAGGGAGUGUAUCAGUUUCACAGGGGGACACUAGACGCAUGUGUCUUUCGAUGCGUGCGAACAGGGAUCGUUUUGAUCCACAACACAUAG